GGCAGACAUAUUGCUUACAGGAGCAAAUUCUGGAAGGCUAGGAGAGAGAGAGAGAGAGAGAGAGGAUUCCAAUUUGAUUUAUAUCUCCACGACUUGAUACGCUCAAACGACACGGGACGUAAUGGAGCCGUCAGCCAGUCCGGCCAAAGACAACUAUAGGAUGAACCGCUACAAGAACAAAGCGCUGAACCCUGAGGAGAUGAGACGCAGGAGAGAAGAGGAGGGCAUCCAACUCAGGAAACAGAAACGAGAACAACAGCUUUUCAAGAGGAGGAAUGUGGAUGUUCUCAAUGAAGAGGAGGCCAUGUUUGAGAGUCCGCUGGUGGACCCGUUUCUCAGCUCUCCAACAUCAGAAGGAGUCAUCACCAGAGACAUGGUUGAGAUGCUUUUCUCGGAGGACCCAGAGCUUCAGCUCGCCACAACACAAAAGUUCAGAAAACUACUUUCUAAAGAGCCCAACCCUCCAAUUGAUGAAGUCAUAAACACGCUUGGAGUAGUUGAGAGGUUUGUGGAGUUCUUGAAGAAGAGUGUCAACUGCACGCUACAGUUUGAAGCAGCUUGGGCACUGACCAACAUUGCAUCAGGCACGUCCUCGCAGACAAAGACGGUGAUUGUGGCCGGAGCGGUGCCGAUCUUCAUCGAACUGCUCAACUCAGACUUUGAAGACGUCCAAGAGCAGGCGGUGUGGGCCUUGGGUAAUAUUGCAGGGGAUAGUGCCGUGUGCAGGGACUACGUGCUGAACUGCGAAAUCCUUCCGCCGUUAUUAAUGCUUUUGACCAAAUCCACUAGAUUGACCAUGACAAGGAAUGCAGUGUGGGCUUUGUCUAAUCUCUGUAGAGGAAAAAACCCUCCGCCGGCUUUUGAAAAGGUGUCCCCCUGUCUGCCGGUGCUGUCCAGGCUUCUAUUUAGCAGUGACCCAGACCUGCUGGCGGAUGCCUGCUGGGCCUUGUCGUACCUCUCCGAUGGCCCCAAUGACAAGAUCCAGGCUGUCAUCGACUCCGGCGUCUGCAGGCGCCUCGUAGAGCUGCUCAUGCACACAGACUAUAAGGUGGCCUCCCCUGCCUUGAGAGCUGUAGGCAACAUCGUAACUGGAGAUGACAUCCAAACACAGGUGGUGUUGAACUGCUCGGCUCUGCCCUGUCUGCUGCACCUCCUCAGCAGUGCUAAAGAGUCCAUUCGCAAAGAGGCGUGCUGGACCAUCUCAAACAUCACAGCAGGAAACCGAGCACAAAUACAGACGGUCAUCGACGCCAACAUCUUCCCGGUUCUGAUCGAUAUUCUACAGAAAGCAGAGUUCAGGACCAGGAAAGAGGCGGCGUGGGCCAUCACCAACGCCACCUCUGGAGGAACGCCAGAGCAGAUCAGGUACCUGGUGAACCUGGGCUGCAUUAAGCCGCUGUGUGACCUGCUGACUGUGAUGGACUCCAAGAUCGUCCAGGUGGCCCUGAACGGGCUGGAGAACAUCCUGAGGCUGGGCGAGCAGGAGGCCAAGCAGGAGAACAGCGCCACCGGAGUCAACCCUUACUGCAGCCUCAUCGAAGAAGCCUACGGUCUCGACAAGAUCGAGUUCCUCCAGAGCCACGACAACCAGGAGAUCUACCAGAAGGCCUUCGAUCUGAUCGAGCACUACUUCGGGGUGGAGGACGAGGAGCACAGUCUCGCCCCUCAGGUGGACCAGGCCAACCAGCAGUUCCUGUUUCCCCAGCAGGAGGCUCCCAUGGAGGGCUUCCAGCUUUAAGUCCCC